GUGAAUGACCGUGUGUGUGUGUGGUGGGGGGAAUCACAGCUGGUCUGACAGAAGAAAACCUCAGAGCUGUCCGAGUGGUAUAGUGGCGCGUUUCCUCGAUUGUCUAUAGAGUUUAGACAUCUAGAAGCCUUGGUGUGAUAUUUUUGUGUAAAGAUGGUGGGUGUCACACGGUGUGUGUUGAAGAGUUUUCUCAUGAACAGCGGGAAACUGAUCAUCCCUCAGCACACAGGCGCCCUGAGGGCUCAGCUACAGACGCACGCGCGGACCAGCAGCGGUGUUUCAGACAUUCCUGGAGUAAAGGAGCGCACGUUGGUUGCCAUCAAGCCGGAUGGUGUUCAGAGGCGUCUGGUUGGUCAGAUCAUUAAACGCUUUGAGCAGCGAGGGUUCCGCUUGGUAGGUCUGAAGAUGGUGCAGGUAUCUGAAGAAUUACUGGCCCAUCAUUACGUGUCUCUUCGUAAGAAACCAUUCUACCCCAGUGUACUGCAAUAUAUGACCUCGGGCCCUGUGGUGGCAAUGGUGUGGGAGGGCCACAAUGUAAUAAAGUCAGUACGCAUGCUAGUGGGAGAUACAAACCCAGCAGAAGCUGCACCUGGAACUCUGAGAGGAGACUUUAGCAUUCAUGUUAGCAGGAACGUUGUGCAUGCCUCUGACUCGCUUGAAGUGGCACAAAAAGAGAUCUCACUUUGGUUUCAGCGCUCUGAGCUGAUUGACUGGGUGUGUUGUGAUCAUAGCAACAUCUACCAUCCAUGAGUGUGUGUGUGUGUGUGCGCGCGUGCGUGAGAGAGA